AUGAAAUAUUUAUAUUUAUUAUUUAUUUUUUGGACUAUAGUUAAUUGUGACGAACAUACACAUACAUAUAAAGAUGGUGAACAAGUGGUGCUCUGGAUGAAUACAGUAGGGCCGUAUCACAAUCGCCAAGAAACGUAUGCAUAUUUUUCAUUACCUUUUUGCGUAGGUACUAAAGUGACCAUUGGGCAUUACCAUGAGACCUUAUCUGAAGCACUACAGGGAGUCGAAUUGGAAUUCAGUGGUCUUGACAUCACUUUCGGGGACAACAUACCGGCGCAGCAGUUUUGUGCCAUCGAACUAAGUGAUCAAUCCUACAAAGCACUCGUGUAUGCGGUUAAGAAUCACUAUUGGUACCAAAUGUACAUAGACGAUCUACCGAUAUGGGGAACAGUUGGCGAAAUUGAUGGGGACCAUUAUUAUAUUUGGACUCACAAGAAAUUCGACAUUGGAUACAAUGGGAACCGAAUUGUGGAAGUGAACCUUACAGCUGAGAAUAAGGAGCUACUUACACCAGACGCGAACAUUCCGUUUACUUAUGAAGUUAAUUGGAAGAAAAGUAAAAUCAACUAUGAAGAUCGUUUUGACAAAUAUUUGGAUCCAAACUUCUUCCAGCAUCGCAUUCAUUGGUUCAGUAUUUUCAACAGUUUUAUGAUGGUUAUAUUCUUAGUAGGAUUGGUUUCUAUGAUACUAAUGCGAACACUCCGAAAAGACUAUGCAAGAUAUUCAAAAGAUGAUGAUCUGGAUGAUUUAGAGAAGGAUUUGGGAGAUGAAUAUGGUUGGAAACAAGUCCAUGGUGAUGUGUUCCGACCUGUCCCACAUUUACCAGUAUUUUCAGCACUGAUUGGAAGUGGAUAUCAACUCACGGUUGUGACAUUAGCCGUUAUCAUAUUCACCAUAUUUGGUGAACUUUACACUGAAAGGGGCUCUCUACUUUCCACAGCUAUAUUUAUCUAUGCUGCCACAUCUCCUGUAAAUGGAUACUUUGGUGGAUCUUUGUAUGCUAGGAUGGGGGGUAAGCUUUGGAUAAAACAGAUGUUGCUAUCAGCAUUUUUGUUACCUGUGCUGGUUUGUGGUACAGCUUUCUUCAUCAACUUCAUUGCCAUGUACUAUCAUGCAUCUAGGGCAAUUCCGUUUGGUAGUAUGAUAGCUGUCAUGUCCAUUUGUACUUUUGUGAUACUGCCUUUAACUUUAGUAGGAACAGUUCUUGGUCGCAAUUUAGCAGGACAACCUGAUUAUCCUUGUCGCAUUAAUGCUGUUCCAAGACCUAUUCCAGAAAAGAAAUGGUUUAUGGAACCUUUAAUAAUCAUUAUUGUAGGAGGAAUAUUACCAUUUGGUUCAAUCUUUAUUGAAAUGUAUUUCAUCUUUACCUCAUUCUGGGCAUACAAAAUUUACUAUGUGUAUGGAUUUAUGUUGCUGGUAUUCCUAAUUUUGAUGAUUGUUACUGUUUGUGUUACCAUUGUUUGCACUUACUUUUUGUUGAAUGCUGAGGAUUAUCGUUGGCAGUGGACUAGUUUCCUCUCUGCUGGUAGUACCUCCAUCUAUGUCUACUUGUACUCUUUCUAUUACUUUGUUUUCAAAACGAAAAUGUAUGGGCUUUUUCAAACUGCAUUCUACUUUGGCUACAUGGCUCUAUUCAGCUUAGCUCUGGGUAUUAUUUGUGGUACUGUGGGGUACAUUGGCACAAGCAUAUUUGUCAGGAAGAUUUAUUCAACUGUUAAGAUUGAUUGA